AAAUCUCUCUCUCAUAUGGGCCUUUAUAUCCUCAAGACGACACCAUUUUCCUCUUCUUCCUCCAAAGCUCUACUCACCGCUGUGAAACCCGCCACCUUCGCUAGAUUUAUCAGUUCUUGUUCGAUAAAUUCUUCUAAUUCUGUUCUUCCUUGUAAUUCUUGCUUGAGGUUUCCUUUUUCUUCGCCGAAAGCCAUUACUUGCUUCGCUUCUCCAUCUGGGUCCGGUGGGUUCCUUCACCAGAGCAAGCGUAGGUACCGUGGGAGCGUGGUCGUCGCCAUGGCUGCUUCUGGGUCGCUCCAGAAAUCUGAGGAAGAGUGGCGUGCUAUUCUCUCCCCUGAGCAGUUUCGAAUUUUGAGACAAAAGGGCACCGAGUAUCCAGGCACCGGAGAAUAUGACAAAUUCUUUGAGGACGGUGUUUAUAACUGUGCUGGAUGUGGCACUCCUCUCUAUAAGUCUACUACAAAAUUCAAUUCUGGGUGUGGUUGGCCUGCUUUCUAUGAGGGUCUCCCUGGAGCUAUUAAUUGCAAUCCGGACCCAGAUGGGAUGAGGACAGAGAUCACUUGUGCAGCUUGUGGUGGACAUUUAGGCCAUGUAUUUAAAGGUGAAGGGUUUCCGACACCCACGGACGAGCGCCAUUGUGUCAAUAGCAUAUCACUCAAGUUCGUUCCUGCAAAUUCUGGGUAGUGAUUCCUGUUGUUGUAGCAGAUAUGUUGAUACUAUUCACUCUGUAUAAGAUCAAGGCCAUGGUGGAUGUUAGAUGUUAACUUGUUCUAAUAAGAACUGAUGUGAAUUCUGGAUCAAAUUAUACUUCUCUGAUUCUAUUGUAUUUGUACUUCAUGGUUUCUUGCAAUGUCAUGCAAAAUGUUUUCCUAGUUUC